CUGACAACUUGUGUUGUGUUGUAAAAAGUCACGAGCUGCGGCAGUGAGCCCGAUCUUCCAGCCAGCGGUCACUAAUGGCUGCAAUGGCAACUUCCAAGAAGCGCAAGCGCGAGUUAGAUGACACUCAAAGGGUGUCCUUUGCGCUCUCAGACCAGCCUGCAACGCAGCUGGGCCCCGUUCUUGCUAAUUUCCCCUCCGUCAAGCCCAUAAAAUCCACCUCUUUCAAAUGUUACAAGACACAAACACAAAAGCCGACGACGGACAAUGAGGAAAUGCCGUUCGUUGAGAUCCCGAUGCUAAUUGCGGGCGAGACGGAAGCCGUGGAUUUUUACUCCUCUGAGGAAACACAACGGGGUUCACUGGGAAGCAGAUACCUUGUCGGAGUGCAUAAUAAACGCACCGGCGUCACAACCCUUCGAGCCGCUCCGUUGCAUAUCCUCACACACGAAGUUAAAGCCCUUAAGGGUCUCCAACCUGCUGCUGUCUCUACUCUUCAGCGGCUUGAGGCCCGCGCGGCACUUGGCGAAACGUUCGGAACCAAAAAGGCGAAACUAGCCAUCCGCGCACAAGAGCGCAACAAAGUCGACGUUUCUGCCAUGGAAGGUGUUGCAGAUCACCUCCAAGAGAGUAUUCUAAAGAACACAUCUACACUACCAUCGAAAGAGGAAGCAAAAGCGAAUGCGGACAGUACUCGUUUAGUUCCUCAGUACGACAUUGAUGCUCUCAAUCCAAACGACAUAUAUCCCUUGCACAAUAUGGUUCCUAAGCCUGAAUGGAAGGCACUGUCCAUUUCUACUUACAUGAGUGCAGGCGGUAGUGCCGAGCGGGUCGCUCUUCUCCCCUUCAAGCGUUCCAACUGGAUCAAUGAUCACUUGACGCUUGCAUUUGCCUCUCCCUCACCAAACAAGACCACUAUAAAAAUGCUCAUAUACAUCUCGACAAUGAUUGCCUUCCACAAGGCCACCUUUAAAAAUGUCAACAAGGACGUCAUUCAACAGAAACUGCCGAUGGUUCCUAUCGUUGUCAUUGAUGGACUUCUAUCACGGUUUACAGAGACUGCACGCGGGUCCGUAGAGGCAAGAAAGACAUCUGAAAAAGGGACUAUGCUUCUGACACACAUGUUUGCAUUAUGCCUUCACGUCGACGAUUUUGCAACCGACACAAGCGUUCUCGCCGCUGAUUUGAGCAUGGAACCGGCGAAAGUCAAUAUGUUGUUCAGGUCCCUGGGUUGCAAAAUCAACAAGCUAACACCGUCCGACUUGAGGCGUCUGGGUCUGCCCGAUUCUGCGGGAGAGGUCAAAAGGGCUAUUCUAAAGACACCUCUAGAGUUCCCGAAACCCCGGAUGAGACGGCGGACGUAAGAUUGGAGUGGCUGAUCUUUACUUUCUUCCACGGAAUCAAGGAAAAAAUUACUAGGUCCUGGGAGGUGUUGGAGCAAUAGUGUCUGAGUAACGAAGACUAGUGCCUAGUUAAGUCUAUCUCACGUCGUCCAGUCAUUUAGCAUGUUUCAUUGUUUGCUCCUGUUCCUCGUUCUGUGCAUCAGUGAAGCAUCAGCAACUUGCAGAGAAAGACAACGCGUCGUAUCUGCUAAGUGAGCGAGAGUGGAUUUAAGUCUAGUGACUCUUGAAAGCUAAUAGA